AUGGCUGUCUCCAAUCGAAAAUCUCGUAGAGGAAAAUCACUAUCAAAAGCUACCAAGAGCUUGCAAUUCAUCGGGAAGUUGUUUGAUGAUGCAGUGAUGAGAAAACUGUUAACAUUCCUCAUAGUUGUCUCGUUAUCGCGCAAGUUAACGUUUUUUCCUGAUCCUGAGGAGAAUUCGCGCAACCCUAAAAACGUUUAUGUAAGUGCUGAGAUAACUGUUCUUCCUGAAAAAUUAUGCUUCGUGUGGACGGCAACCCGUGAUGUCGUGUUAAGGAAGUUUAAUCUUCCCAAGUUUCAUCGCUAUGGCCUGGAUUUUCAAAUAAACCGUAACAAUGCAAGCACUUUAAUUUGUAUUCUUCUUUGCGGUGACGUUGAGACUAAUCCAGGUCCUUCAAUACGC